AUGCCGGGCAAAGAGAUUGUAGACGCUUCAAAUGAGCCUUGCAGACGAUGUAAGGCAUCUUCUGUCCUGGUAGUCCGCUCUGAGCCCCUUUGCCAUGACUGCUUCGCACGAUACAUUCACACCAAAUGUAUCAAGCGGCUAGAGACGUUCCGGGUAAAUUUCACAGCGGAGCAGCAACCCCGCGUUCUGGUGCCCCUGUCCUUUGGCAUCUCGUCUGUGACUCUGCUGCACGUCUUGGAUCUCCACCAACGCACGCAAAAGAGCAAGACGGGCCGCACGGGCUUCAACAUUAGCGCUGUGUACAUUGAGGACCCUGAACAGUCUAUCAUGGCUGAAGAUCUUCUGGACCAAGUUCGAGAGCAGUACUCUGGGCAUCAGUAUGCCUCGUUGCCGUUGCAUGAUGUAUUCCGCCUUGUUCAAGAUGAUGCCUCAAUCCGGUCUCUGGUCCCGGAAACGCAGUAUGCCUCGACACCUGAGGAAAAACUUGUUCACAUGAUCAACUCGCUCACUUCAGCCACAGCCCGCGCGGAUGUUUUGUCUACACUUAAGACUAGGCUGAUUGUCGAGCAUGCGAAAUUGACUGGGUGCGAGAGUAUCCUCUGGGGCGACAGCACCACCAGACUCGCUCAAAAGACUCUUUCCGAAACCGCAAAGGGGCGCGGUUUCUCCCUGCCAUGGCAGGUCUCCGACGGCCCGUCGCCUUUUGGUCUAAACUUCCAUUACCCGCUUCGCGAUGUUCUUAAGAAAGAGCUGGUGUCCUACAUGAACAUGGCCGAAACAGGGCUCAAGACUCUGGUGCAUGAAACGUCGAUAGGCGCCACGCAAGCUUCUACAAGCUCAAAAAACACCACCAUCGACGACCUCAUGAAGCAAUAUUUCGAGUCGGUUGAGGAUAACUUUCCAAGUAUCGUUGCAAACGUCGUACGUACUGCCAGUAGACUAGAGGCACAGCCCGAUGCGCUUUCAGAGCCAAAAUGCAGUUUAUGCAGCAUGCCUGUAUCCGGUGGACGAUUUGGCAUACACGGGUGGGGUGGUGAUCAGCAAGACGGCGACGACUUUGGAUCCACACAUGCCAACAGGACCAUUUGCUAUGGCUGCACAAGAUCCGUACCCAAGGCUACAUCAAGUACGAAUGGGAAUUGA